UUUGAAGUUACGACAGCGAGCUCGUUUCGAGCGACGGCGAGCAACAAUAAAACAAACGAGAGGACGUCAAUGUGAGGUUGUCUCACGUGGUCUCUUCCGAGGUGAAGAGGUCACCGUGGAGCCAUGGGAGGACGCCAGAUUCCACCCGUACAAGCGAAUCGGAUGCACAGGCAGAAGCAGUGGAGUGCGCGAGCCGCCGUCAUGGCCCUGAUGGUGCUCACCGCCAUGGCGGCCGAAGGAGGCAAAUCGGACAAACAAGGCAAGAAGGAGCGCAAGUCGGACUGCGGCGAGUGGCAGUGGAGCGUUUGCGUGGCCAACGAGGGCGACUGCGGCCUGGGAACCCGCGAGGGGACGCGCACCGGCACCGACUGCAAGCAGACCAUCAAGACGCAACGCUGCAAGAUCCCCUGCAACUGGAAGAAGAAGUUCGGAGGGGAGUGCAAGUACGACUUCCAGGCAUGGGGGGAGUGCGACAUGACCACGGGCAAGAAGAACAGGACGGGCGUGCUGAAGAGGGCGCUCAUGGACGCCACCUGUGCCCCCACGGUCACGGCCAGUAAGCCCUGCGGGAAGAUUCCCAAGGCCAAGCUGCAAGAUGCUAAGAAGCAGAAGAAAGAAGGCAAGAAGCGAGAGCGUGGUCAAAUGGACUAAUGAAGACGAUGAUGAAGACACAGUGGAGGACGAUGGACGAGGAGGGCGGAGUCGACUAUGCCCCAUAGGCUGCAGCGGGACAACGCCCGUGCAAAUAAGACUCGUAGUGUUUAUAAUUAGUGUUAUCUAGAAACAAAGACAUUAGAUUUAAUCACUAAAUCAGCACCAAUCCACUGGAUUAUUUUUUUCCUCUUCUUUUGCUGCUUUUUAUUUGUUGUUACCUCAAUUUCCCCGAUUUAAAAAAAAAAACAAACAAACAAAAAAAAAAACAAAAAAAAAAAAAUGUUUUUUUAAUUCUAUUAAUUCUCAAUCAAGUUAACGUCCCUUCCAACCCAAAACCCCCUUCCUUCGUUUCCGCAGAAUGCAAAUAAAGGAAUAAAAGAAGA